AUGAGGGUGAAAUUAGGCGCCACGUUUGUGCUGCUGGUGGUGCUAGCGACUCGUGAAGCGCACGGUCAGCUAAGGUGUUUCGUGUGCGAAAACUGCCCCGAUCCGUUCGACGGUUCCGCCUUUCCGCAGCAGGACUGCCCGUUGAAUCCCGAUACACCGACGACGACGGUCGCUCCACCGACAGGUGACACGACUAUCCUAACCCCCCCGCCACUGCCAACGAACGGCGAGCCGGAACAGACGACAAUAACGCCGGCCCCACCACCAGCAGAGACCCCACCGGUGCCGGAAACACCGAUCAUCACCCCGCCACCGGUGGCCGGCCGCAGGAAGCGCCAGGUUCCGAAUGGCUACCGGUGCUAUCGGAUUGAACACGCAAGCAUCGUCCGACGCGGGUGCGCCUCUUUCCUGAACAGCGAUACCGAAACCUGCCAGUCCGUAAACGGUGGUCUCACGCCAAACGAUUGCCACAUUUGCGAUUGGGAUGGAUGCAACAGUGCGGCCGGUUUGCGAGUAUCGUUGGUCGCGUUGCUGCUGGCAACCCUGCUCAGUGUGUUGCUGAAACAAUAA